CCGCGUCUCUCCUCCCCCUCCUCGCCUGCUCACUCCUUCAGGACCGGCUGCUGCCCACGUUCCUCCGGUACAACACCGCUCCCCGGUGCAUUUUUUAGUCCGCUGUAGCACUGUACCAGACCACACAACCACCCGGACAACAUGGCAUCGGGCGUCACCGUCAACGAUGAGGUCAUCAAGGUGUUCAACGACAUGAAGGUGCGCAAGUCUUCGUCGCCGGAGGAUGUGAAGAAGAGGAAGAAGGCGGUGCUGUUCUGCCUGAGUGACGACAAGAAGCAGAUCGUGGUGGAGCCGGGCAAGCAGAUCCUGGUGGGCGACAUCGGGGACACGGUGGACGACCCGUACGCCUGCUUCGUCAAGCUGCUGCCGCUCGGCGACUGUCGCUACGGCCUCUACGACGCCACCUACGAGACCCGCGAGUCCAAGAAGGAGGACCUGGUCUUCAUCUUCUGGGCACCAGAGGGCGCGCCGCUGAGGAGCAAGAUGAUCUACGCCACGUCUAAAGACGCCAUUAAGAAGAAGUUUACAGGUAUCAAACACGAGUGGCAGGUGAACGGUCUGGACGAGGUGCAGGACCGCGCCACGCUGGCGGAGAAGCUGGGAGGCAGCGUAGUCGUCACCCUGGAGGGGAAAGCUCUGAGCACCUCCUCGUCUGGAGCACCUCCUCGUCCAGGAGCACCUCCUCGUCCAGGAGCACCUCCUCGUCCAGGAGCACCUCCUCGUCUGGAGCACCUCCUCGUCUAGGAGCACCUCCUCAUCCAGGAGCACCUCCUCGUCCAGGAGCACCUCCUCGUCUGGAGCACCUCCUCGUCUAGGUGCACCUCCUCACGCCCCAGCUCUGCCAAAGUCAAUAUAAAGGAACGAUAACUCCAAAGCUCUGAGACAGGUGUCUUGUCUGCAGCCUGUCUGUCUGUCUGUCUGUCUGUCUGUCUGUCUGUCUGUCUGUCUGUCUGGCUGUCUGUCUGGCUGUCUGUCUGGCUGUCUGUCUGUGUGCCUUCCUGUCCGCCCACUCUUACAUCUGUCAGGAUUUUGCACUGAGGAUUUCAUAGGAUUGUAUUUAUUUGGACAGGAAGUGGAGGCACCACAAGCCUUGUUAAGCUAUGCAUUCAUAUCCUCCUUGCUGAGCACUGUUAGUGUCCCACGCGACC